AUGAGUUAAACCUUUGCUCAUGAUAGCUUCUUAGGAGGUCUCAAUUUAUUCAAAAGAAGAGAUCCAAGAUUUGUUUUAGAUUAGGGUGAGCGUCCUCCCUAUCCUAUUAUUAACUCCAACAGCUCCUUUGUUGAUGUUCUUAGCAAUUUCAACAAGGCUGAUUUUGGAUUAGUUUUAUUCAGUGCUGCAAUCGGUUUCCCUCUCUCUAGAUGGGUUUUGAAAGGAUUAACUUUCAGUUCUUUAAAUUAUAGAAGAGGUUUAUUCAGCUCUGUUUAUGGUGGUGUUAUUUUAUGGGGAUUGGUUCUUGGAUUUAAUAAUUCUUACUACAGACUUAAUGGAUUUGUUGAUAAUGGUCUCGUAUGGAAGAGAAAGGAAAGAAAACUUAAUAAGUACGACUUCACUUCCGAAUUCGAAGAUAACUCUUUCUUCAAAAAGUUAAGAAUUAGAGAUUGA